AUGCCUAACGCGAAGCGAUCCAAAGGCUCUGGCGCCGGGCGAGCUGCAGCCACACGCGAGCCGCCCAAAGACACGACAGACGGCCGUCCAACCCCGGCAGAGGUGGAGGAGCAGGAACAUCGUUUUGUGCAAGUUGCGCGGCAGCAUUGGCUGAAGCCCGGCAAGAAGACGGCCAAGGUCAAGGUCAAGAACGACGUCGUCAAGCAGGGCAUCUGGGAUGUUCUGGAGCAGGAUGGCUUCUCAUAUAAGCUGCUGCUGCUGCUGGAGAGCCUGCAGACGCUGGAGAGCUAUCUGUGGCCCGGAUAUUCUGAGCAGGCGUCCAACUAUCAUGUCCUGAUACUGGCGUUGAUAUGCAACGUCAAGAGGCGGGAGCACCUCGAAACAUGGAGUAAGCCCGGCAGAAUUAACUUACCAAUCAAUCUAGAAAUCUUUGAGGAGAGACCCGACGACUUCUCGUCCCUCUUCCGUCGUAUCCUAUCCAUGACCCUCGAUCGAACAUUGUCGACGACGUUGCGGACACACCUCCUCUGCUUCCUCAUCCACGCCUUUCAGAGCCUAGAUUGCAGCAUUGUAAGAAAAGAAUGCGCUCCUUUGGUGUCGAUUGGCAUCUGGCAUAACCUAUCCACCGAGAAACGUCAGGAGGCCCAGCUUGACUCUUCACCACAUCUCAGAAAGGCUUGGAGGGCUGCUCAGAAGCGGUAUGACGCCGCAGACGAGGCUACCAAGGCACGGCUGAGGUUUGAGCGUUCAUGGCUCUACACUCUCAUCCUUGACUUUAUUAAUCAGCUUUACGGCGACAGCAGUAAAUCAGACCAGACGCUUCUCUACUGCGAGCGGUUCACCGAGUUUAUAUCUGAUUUACAAAGCCAAUUGCCAACACGACGUUACGUUAAUGCUUUGGUCCAAGAUUUACAUCUCACUCCUCUGAUGAGACUGUCUCCAUUAUACAACGAUGCCGGCAGCGCGCUGCUGCGUGACCUCCAUGCUCUGCUCUCUCACUACACAUUCUUUGCUAUUGAUGACCAGAGUGGCAUCCAACUCACUCGAACAGAGGCCUUUGACCGACAUUGCACUCAGUUGGGCAAGCUUCAACGGAUUGCUCUCAAGCACUUCAAAGACAAGCUCACCAUCUUGGCCUUGUCAAAUUACGGAUCCAUUGACAAGCGAGAAGAAUUGAUAUCUCAUCUUGAGCCCCUCACCGAUGAUGAACUGCUCAAUCUAGUGAAUCUGUUGGAUCUCAGGUCUACAUACCCUGAAAGCCUCAACUUGACCAUUGACCGCAAAUUCCUCAUCGAGUUCCUCCUGACUACCUUUGAACGGAAGAAGACCUUCCAAGAAACUGCUCAGAGAAUAAGCCUAGUCCCAACCGAAGACACGCUGUUUGAUGACAAUUUUCAACGUGCGGAUUCUUACGACGGAUCACAUCCCCUGGCGCUCCCGAAGCUAAAUCUGCAGUAUCUCUCGGUUGGUGAUUUCCUUUGGAGGGCGCUAGUGCUAUAUCGCUGCGAAUCUUUUUACGGAAUUCGUAAGGAUAUCGAGGCCGCGCUGCGUCGUCUUCGACCAGAAAUCAGGCGGCCCGGCGAAACUCAUUUUGCAGGCUUCUCGAAAAUGGCCAUGCCCAUUGCUAAGCCAACCAUACUGGAAGUUGUCCCUGCUCUUGUUGGAGACGAAAAGCCAUCAGUGGUUCGAGCCGAAGUGUCCUUCGACGCUCGACGGCUAGGAGAUGGUGUGCGAAGAGAAUGGGACACUCUUCGACCCGGCGAUGUCGUGUUUUUGGUGGCGGUUCAGCCCUCUUCAUCUGGCCAAGCUGCCGCAAAUGGCAGCAGACCGGCUCAGUCAGAGGCUGAAAAGGCCGGUGUCCUCGUGGUGCGAACCGCUGAGGUGGUUCAAAUCACGGAUGAUAGAGGCCGCCACGCCAGAGAAGGGGCUGAGCGCCUCGAUCAGAAACGGCGCAUCCAGCUGAGAUUGGAUUCAGCAACCUAUGCACAUGAUGCUGAGCAAGCAGCAGCCGGCAAACCUGAUGUGUAUGCAGGCAUUAACCUGCUUCUCAGACGGAAUAAGAGAGAAAACAACUUCAAGCCGGUUCUGGAUGCCAUCCGUACUCUAGUCUUGUCUGAAAUGCCACUACCUACAUGGCUUCAUGAGGUAUUUCUGGGUUAUGGCGACCCGGCCGGCGCGCAUUACAAAAACUUGCCCAACAGACCCAAGACGAUCGACUACAGGGAUACAUUUUUAGGCUGGCAGCACCUGGUUGAAAGCUUACCUGGCAAGACGGUCGAGCCUGAUGAUGAUGUUACCGGCAGCUUUGGGCCACCGUAUGUCCUUGAAGCAGUCGAUAAAGUAGAAGAAGCUCAGGGCGGCAAGCCAUCCAAGAAGCGGCGGCGUGAUGUGGAACCAGCACUGCUCUCAGAAGUAGAAACCCUCAAAGUUUCUACGUAUAUGCCCCCCAACAACGGACCUUACCCUAUUGACGCACCCAAGCAGAACACGGUACGAUUUACGUCCGCUCAAAUCGAGGCCAUCAUGUCUGGGUCACAGCCUGGGCUGACUGUGGUUGUUGGACCUCCGGGCACGGGCAAGACGGACGUCGCUACACAAAUCAUAAAUAACAUCUAUCACAACUUUCCAAAUCAAAAGACACUGCUCAUCGCCCACAGCAAUCAGGCUCUCAACCAGCUCUUUGCCAAAAUCAUUGCGCUGGAUAUCGAUGAGAGGCACCUGCUGCGUCUUGGUCAUGGCGAGGAGGAUUUAGACACUGAAGGCAGCUUCAGCAAAUACGGCCGCGUCGAGUCAUUUUUGGACAACCGAGACAGGUUUUUGUAUGAAGUAAAGAAGCUCGCCGCAAGCUUGGGGGCUCCGGGCGCGCACGAGAACUCAGCCGAAACUGCAGGCUACUUCAACGCUGCCUACGUCGAGCCGGCUUGGGCCAAAUUUCUUCGGGUGGCGGAAUCUGAUGCAGCUACCGCCUCUGACAUUGCGCAAAACUUUCCCUUUCACUCCUACUUUUCCGAUGCUCCCCAGCCCCUAUUCCCGCAGGAGGCAGACCGAGCACAGGUCUUGGAUAUCGCUCAGGGCUGUUACCGCCACAUUACCAAAAUCUUCUCGGAGCUGGCAGAUAUUAGGCCCUUUGAGAUCCUCCGCCGUGAGAAGGACAAGGCCAACUAUCUCCUCACCAACGAAGCUCGCAUUAUUGCAAUGACGACGACCCAUGCGGCAAUCAGGAGGGGUGAGAUUGCGGCACUUGGAUUCCACUACGACAACGUCGUCAUGGAAGAAGCAGCCCAGAUCACCGAGAUUGAAACGUUCAUUCCUCUUGCCAUGCAAAAACCCGUCAGCGGCGAAUUGCCACUGCAGCGAAUCGUGCUAUGCGGUGACCAUUUCCAAAACUCACCAGUCAUCCAGAGCUUGGCUUUCCGACACUAUGCCAACUUGGAGCAGUCAUUGUUCUCGCGACUGGUUCGAUUAGGCGUGCCAACGGUUACCUUGGAUCAGCAAGGUCGUGCUCGCCCAUCUAUUGCCAAGCUGUACGAGUGGCGUUAUCCCAAGCUCGACAGUCUCCCUGAUGUCCAGACCAACCCAGAAUUCCUGCGGGCGAAUGCCGGCUUCAAGUACGACUUUCAGUUUAUCAACGUUCCCAAUUACAAGGGUCGCGGCGAAGCUGAGCCGACACCACACUUUAUUCAGAAUCUCGGUGAGGCUGAAUAUGCAGUGGCCAUCUACCAGUAUAUGCGACUUCUCGGAUAUCCUGCAGACAAAAUUAGCAUACUCACGACAUACGCUGGUCAACGGGCUCUGGUAAAAGAUGUGCUUGCUCAUCGAUGCGCAAACCCCAUCUUUGGCCUCCCCAAGGCUGUUGCUACAGUCGACAAAUACCAGGGAGAGCAAAACGACUACAUUAUUCUUUCCCUGACUCGCACGUCGCGGGUGGGCUAUCUUCGCGAUGUCCGUCGUAUGACUGUGGCGUUUUCUCGAGCGAGACUAGGACUCUAUGUUCUCGGACGCCGAGAAGUGUUUGAAGCCUGCCCAGAGCUUCGACCAGCGUUUGAUGUGCUCUUGCAGCGACCGGAUAAACUGAUGUUGGUAACAGGGGAGCUGUAUGCAGCUGAGCGGCAGAGCACAGACGAGGACGGCCCUGUGGAAGGAGAAGUGGCCAUGGAGGGCGUCGAGCACAUAGGACAGUAUGUGUUUGAGAUGACGAAUACGAGAAUACAGCAGCUGCAGGCAGAGCAAGGUCUGCUGAUGGACUCGACAAUUGACGAGGCGGAGGAAGAGGGUCAAGAGGGAUACUACGAUGAGGAAGACGAAAGAACUCUAGACCCAGACAUUCUCGAGGUGCGCGAGGGGGAGGCGAACUAG